AUGGCGCCCGAGUUACCAGGGUUCUACUACGAUAGCGCCCGCGGCAGGUACUUUAGGGUCGCCGCGGCCGGCGCCCCCGCGGGCGCAGAGCGGUACGGGCGCGACGAGCUGCGCCGCAAGCGCGCGCACAACUCCGAUAACCUGCGGAGGCAGCAGGAGGCCGCGCGAGCGGAGCAGGCACGACGCGAACUGGUUCUGGCGCUCGCGCGCGGCCGCGCGGGCGACCUGCGCCGCAUAGCCGGUGCGCCCGCACCGCCCACGACAGGCCGCGUUCGCGAGCACUUGGACGUGUUCCGCGAGCGCCCGCCGGCGACGUUGCUGCCACAGAUGUUCUACGAAGACGGUGUGUUUCUUCUGAUGGACCAGCGCGCGGUGCUGUAUGCCGUGCGCGAUGCCGAUGGCUCGGUGUCCACGGCCGCACCCGCGGCGGGCUUUGGCGCGGGCGAGGCCGCGGGGCCAGUGUUGGACGAGCAGGGCGGCCUCGGCGGCUGGCUGCUGCGCGCACACGGCGCAUAUUCGCUGGCAGCGCCCGACGGGACGCUGCGCGAUACCGCGCUUCCGCGCGGCGGCGAGGUCUUUGCCGCGCUCGCGCUCGGCGACGAGGCGUUCUUCGCGCAGCACGCGCGCGUGCUGCGCGCGCCCGCAGGCGCACGCCGCCUGCCCCGUAGCGCGGACACCGACGUGCUGGCCCUGGCGGUGGCACCACACGGCGCCGCGCUCUUCGCCGGCUGCCGCAAUGGCCAGCUGUUCCGGCUGCCGCCGGCCCCGCAUGCGCCCCCGGAGCUGAUCCACACGUUCCCGGGCCCAGUCGUCGGCCUGCGCCCGCUGCCGGGCACGCCGCUGCUCGUGGCCUCCGUCCACGCGCACCCUGCCCAGCUACUCUGCGUCCUGGACACGCGAGGCCCCGCGCGCCAGCCCGUCGUGCGCCGCCUGGCCACCCGCCUGCGCAACGCCGCCGCGGCCACCGAGAUCCUGCAACUCGCAGGCUCUCUGCUGCUCUAUGGCUCCACUGCUGCGCGCGAUGGCCGCGGAGACUGGGAUCUGUUCUGCCUGGAUCCGCUCGCUCACCACGCGGCCGACUACGAUCCCGCCUGCGGGGCGCCGAGCGUGCUCCCGGCCAUGACUAUGGACCAGUGCCUGGCCCCCUGCAGCCGCCGCCGCCUGCUGGCCGCGGCGCUCUGCCCGCGCCUGCAUGCCGCUGACGCCGAUGGCCUCUUUCAUGCGGCCUGCAGCGCACACCAGACGCAAUUCUACAGAGAAACAGACACACAGCAGCCGCGUAUGCGCGUGGCUAUGUUAUGCCGCGAUGCUGACGAGGUAGGGCUAGUAUUGCGGUCCACAGACCUAUGA